GCGGCUCGAACCCAGGACGUCUCCCGUGCCAAAAUCCAAGCCAGCAUCGCGGCGGGCCUGGUGCUGGUCAACGGCCAGCCUGCGGCCAAGGCCUCUCAACAACUUAAAGCCGGAGAUUGUGUUGUGUGCCGCCUGCAGCCCCCACCACCCAUGCAGGCCCUGCCAGAGGCUAUUCCGCUGGAUAUCAAGUACGAAGAUGACCACGUCAUUGUCGUAAAUAAGCCUUCAGGUAUGGUCGUACACGUGGCCCCCGGACACCACCACGGCACAUUGGUCAACGCACUGCUGCAUCACUGCGCAUUGCCAGCUUUGGACCUGGAUUCAAGUUUAGAUCUGGAUCCAGAUUUGGGUACGGGCAUUGGUACUAGCAGUAGCAGUAGCUGCAGCACAAGUAGUCUUAGCAGCAGUAGCUGUUUGCGACCGGGAAUCGUACACCGCUUGGACAAGGGGACGAGCGGGUUGUUGGUGGUGGCAAAGACGGAGGUGGCACUAACCCGGCUGCAGGCGCAGUUCAAGGCGCGGACGGUCGACCGUCUGUACGACUCCAUCACGGUCGGUUGUCCGGUACAACCCAACGGCCGCGUGGAAACUAACAUAUGUCGGGAUCCCAGAGAUCGAAAGCGCAUGGCGGCCGCACCGUACGGCAGUGGACGUGGGCGUACGGCAGGUAGCAACUACACCGUCAUGGCGCCGCUGGCUGGCGGCGGUGCGGCAUUGGUCCGUUGGAAGUUAGAUACGGGUCGUACACAUCAAAUCAGGGUCCAUGCAAAAUACAUUGGCCACCCGCUCUUAGGCGACGACACGUACGGCGGUACGGCACCUGCGGCGCUUGCUGCCGUGUCGCGCGGCAGCAGCUUAGACUCGUUGUCAUCGUUAGAAGUCGUGGAGCAGCUGGGCCGCCCCGCCCUGCACGCCCGUACAUUGGGUUUUACGCAUCCCGUGACCGGAGCGCGCUUGAGCUUCGAGCAGCCGGUCCCGGAGGAUUUCCUGCGCGCAUUGCGGGGGCUGGGGAUGGAGGCGGCGUAUGGUUGA